AUUGUGAGGUCAGGCGGCGGCGCGUCCGGCCGGGCCGAGACCCGGGAGCGGCCGCCGCGGCCAGUAGCUGCCGCCGCCUCCGCCGGCCCCUUCACCGGCUGCCCGGGUCAGACCUAGCCGGGGAGGGCGAGGGGGGAUGCCGCUGGGGGCCCCGCUCCGGUGCCGCUCCCCGUGAAGGGCCGAUCUCCCACCUCGCCGCCCUCCGCGGCAGCCAAGACCGCCGCCACCCAGACCUCUCGGGGUAAAGCGCUGCGAGGGCCGGGCUUGGACCCUCCCAGGGACUGAGUCCUGUGGCCUGCCCGCCAGAAUGCUUGUGAAACUGAACACAGAAGUAUGGAUAUGGGAAACCAACACCCUUCUAUUAGUAGGCUUCAGGAGAUCCAGCGGGAAGUGAAGAGUAUAGAGCAGCAGGUGGUGGGCUUCAGUGGCCUGUCAGAUGACAAGAAUUACAAGAGGCUGGAGAGGAUUCUGACAAAACAACUUUUUGAAAUUGACUCUGUGGAUACAGAAGGAAAAGGAGACAUCCAGCAAGCUAGGAAGAGGGCAGCGCAGGAGACAGAACGCCUCCUCAAAGAGUUGGAGCAGAAUGCGAACCACCCACACCGGAUUGAAAUCCAGAAUAUCUUUAAGGAAGCUCAGGCCCUCGUGAAAGAAAAGAUUGUGCCCUUUUACAGUGGAGGCAACUGUGUGACUGACAAGUUUGAGGAAGGCAUCCAGGACAUCAUUCUGAGGCUGACACAUGUUAAAACAGGAGGGAAGAUCUCCUUGCGGAAAGCAAGGUACCGCACACUGACCAAGAUCUGUGCAGUACAAGAGAUCAUUGAAGAUUGUAUGAAGAAGCAGCCUUCCCUGCCGCUUUCCGAGGAUGUGCAUCCUUCUGUCGCCAAGAUCAACUCCGUGAUGUGUGAAGUGAACAAGGCCAGAGGGACUUUGAUCGCACUUCUGAUGGGCGUGAACUGUUCUGAGACUUGCAGGCACUUAUCAUGCGUGCUGUCAGGGCUGAUUGCUGAUUUAGAUGCUCUAGAUGUGUGUGGGCGUACAGAGAUCAGGAAUUAUCGGAGGGAGGUGGUGGAAGAUAUCAACAAAUUACUGAAAUAUCUAGAUUUAGAAGAGGAGGCCGACAGUGCUCAUGCAUUUGACCUAGGGCAAAACCGUUCCAUUAUAAAAAUAGAAAAUGUCCUCAAGAGGAUGAGAGAAAUCAAAACUGAACUUCUCCAGGCGCAGAGCCCUCCUGAGCUGUACCUCAGGUCCAAGACAGAACUGCAGGGCUUGAUCGGACAGCUGGAUGAAGUGAGUCUUGAGAAAAACCCCUGCAUCCGGGAAGCCAGGAGGAGAGCCGUGAUUGAGGUGCAGACCCUGAUCACAUACCUGGACCUGAAGGAAGCCCUGGAGAAGAGGAGGCAGUUCCCAUGUGAGGAGAACCCCCCACAUAAGGCUGUGUGGGAUGUCCUUGGAAACCUGUCAGAGAUCCAGGGCGAAGUCCUCUCAUUCGGUGGGAAUCGAACUGAUAAGAACUACAUUCGUCUGGAGGAGCUGCUGACCAAACAGUUGCUGGCUCUGGAUGCUGUUGACCCGCAGGGAGAAGAGAAGUGCAAGGCUGCCAGGAAACAGGCUGUGAAGCUGGCCCAGAACAUCCUCAGCUACCUUGACAUGAAGUCCGAUGAGUGGGAGUACUGAUGGGCCAGGAGCUGAUCUCACUGGUCCGCACUUUCUCUCCUUUAGAGAGCUUCCAGCUCAUGGAGCCUAAAUGUAAUUUCUAUGUGCAUAGUCAAUCUCAGUAUUUAUGAUUUAGUCAAAUUAUAUUCAGUAUUUCUGCUGCUUUUGAUGUUGCAAAACGAAUAUCAUUAUAGCACAUUAACUUUUCCAUCUGGCUCAUUAUCCUUACAAUGUGUGGUUUGUGUUUAUUUUGUGUGUUUUUAAUGGGAACAUGAAAAGGGCAGCAUUCCUAAGUUUUAAGUGGGUUGUGCAAGCAUUAAAUGCAGAAUUUGAGAGUCUAGAAACAGAUCAGACUUUUCUAACUCUAGCCAAAUUAAAAGGAGGAAAUUCCGGGGUUGAAUAAAGUCCAGGCAUAAAAACAGUACAGAGAUGCUUUACUGUGCUGAACAAAAACAAAGCUGGGACUUUCUAAAGCUACAAGGCCUGAUGGGUCCUGCCUAAUUUUAAUGGGGUGGGGUUUUUGUUUGGAUGGUCUGUUUUGUCAUAAACAUUUUUGCUUGAAAAAAAAAAAUCUGUUCCCCUGUGCUUUUCAUUUUAGAGGGGGGAAUCUUGUGUACAACACACAAAAUUAAUGAAGCCUAACAACUCAGAACUUGAAACCACACCGGGGAAGGGAUGAAACAUCACCUCUCCGAUACCUUCAAGCUGUUUUUGCUUGCGUGAUCUCAAUUUAAGAUUCUCCUUGUUAAUAAGGAUAGGGAACAUUUAAAUGAAGCCAGUGGACCUUUAGAGACAAACAGUAGCCAUCGCUAUCUACCUGUGACUGCAGGAUGAAAGUCGGUAGUCUACAGUGUCACUCCAGAGCUAUCGGGAGCAUCUAAAUAUCACCUGUACCUACCUGGAGUGAGUCUGUGGGGACCUGCUGAUGUCACAGCUCAUGCUCCUGCCACGAAAAGUCAGUAGGACCCAUGAGUUAUAUAAAGGGUUUUAUUAUUUAUUUUAUCCUUCUGUGUGUUUCUGUGAAUAUUUUCUAAGUAGCCAAAACUUUAUGGCUAUCUACUAAUGCAAACAAGAAAAUCUCAAAAUUCUGCAGUGCUUUGAUAAUGCUGGCCCCAACAUAACUAAGAGACCCCAUUCCAUGUUCCCAUUUCAUUUCAUGAUCCUGUGAGAGCUGACCUUUUCAAGUCUGAUGAGCUGUGGUUUAAUCUGGAAAUUUUCUGUAAUUCUCUUUAAACAGCUAAAAGUAUGACAGACAAAUGAAUUAGCCUUACGUACUUAAGGUGAUAAGCACCUAGCCCUAAGCUCAUGGGCACCAUCUCAUCAAAAGGCAUUUAUAGCUUUCCUACUGGAAAUGUUCUAGAACACUGGGUCCUGUGGGCUCCUGGCAGCAAGCUAUCCCACUGCAGUCCCUGGAAUUCUCAGUUUGGUCAGAGUUGCUGGAUGCUGCUCUUCUGUGUCCUGGCUUUAGAAUGGUCGAGUCUGACUAUCGGUCUUCAGAUUGAACUCUGGGGAACUGCCUUUCACCCAGCUACUAAUUCUUUAGCUUUAUUUUGAGCCUUUCCUCUCAAAGUGUCCACUGUCUUGCAGGGUUUUCGUCUCUUUAAAGUGGUUUUCCUGUAACCUGCUAAGCUUACAUGCUGUAAGCUAACCUGUCCCACGCGGCGGAGCUUGGAGCCUUGCUUAGCACAUGAACCGUUCACAGGGUUUCUGGGUCCUGGAGGUGGUCACAUGACCUUGUGUGGCUGUUGGGGUAGGCAUUGUCUCUGUCACAGCUCCUUGGAUCCAGUUGUCUUCAUAAAGAAUAAGCAAAAAGUUCA